CACAAAGUGAAUGCAAAUAUUCCAGGAACUGAAUAUAUUGUAACACACACACACACACACACACACACAGAGAGAUCUGACUCAAAACUGCUGCGCUAAUUCAGUCAUCGGAUUCUUUCUUCAACAUUUUGACAAGAGUGUCAGGAUGGUGAACUGCUGUGGUCUCGUGUCUGAGAAAAACCAGCCAGUUCCUCUGAAGAGCAUCUCAGUGCAGCUGCAGGUCAAGGAUCACGUGGUCUCCGUCAGCUCCAGUCUGCACUAUGUCAAUGAGGAGAAGCGUCCGUUGGAGGCCGUGUUCGUCUUCCCGCUGCCCGCCGAUGCCGCCGUCUGCCACUUCAGUGCCAAGAUCGGAGAGCAGGAGAUUGUGGCGGAGCUGCAGGACAAAGAGAGUGCGCGGGAUCAGUAUGAUGACGCUGUGAGUUCAGGUCAGCAGGCGUUUCUGCUGGAAGAGAGCGAUGAGAGUUCGGAUGUGUUCAAACUGAGUGUCGGGUGUUUGUCUCCGGGUGAGAAUGCCGUCAUCUCCAUCGUCUAUGUGAUGGAGCUCAGCGUUCAGGCCGACUACGCCCUGCGCUUCUGUCUGCCGGCCGUACUCAACCCCAGAUACACACCCGCAGCUUCAGCGGCUGGUGUUCCAGAAGUUUUCUCAGCAUGUGUUAUUCCGUACACACUGUCUCUGAGUGUCGAAGUGAGAUCUUCAGACCGCAUCUCCAGACUGGAGUCCAGCUGCCCUCUGGAUCCUCUGGUGUUUCUCGACGCACAACACACUCAUGCCACGGUGAAUCUGAGUGCUGGUCACCGGUUCGAUAAGGACGUUGAGCUGCUUCUGUACUACGAGAAUACCCAUCAGCCCACUGCUGUUGUAGAGGCCGGAGCGGCCGCGGCUCAGCCAGGGUCUCUGAUGGGCGACCCGGUGCUCAUGAUCAGUUUGUACCCAGAGUUCCCUGUGGACGUGAUGUCAUCAUUGGUAUCUCGAGGCGAGUUCAUUUUUGUGGUUGACAGAUCCAGCAGUAUGGACUGCAUGAUGCAUCAUGGGAAAGAUCCACAGAUGCGCAUCCAGAGUGCAAGAGACACGUUGCUGCUGCUUCUGAAGAGUCUUCCUAUGGGAUGCUACUUCAACAUCUACGGAUUCGGCUCUCGCUUUGAGUCCUUCUUCCCUCAGAGUGUUGUGUACAGCGAGGACACGAUGGAAGAGGCUCUAAAUAGAGUAAAGAACAUGAAGGCAGACAUGGGCGGCACUGAGAUCCUUCAGCCUCUGAACCACAUCUACAGUCAGCCCUGUUACCCUGAUCACCCCCGACAGCUGUUCAUCUUCACUGAUGGAGAGGUUGGGAACACUAAAGAAGUGCUGGACCUGGUGAAAAGUCACGUUAACUCUCACAGGUGUUUCUCCUUCGGGAUGGGUGAGGGUGCGAGUACGGCUCUCAUCACAGGAAUGGCCAGAGAAGGUUCUGGUCACGCUCAGUUCAUCACAGGCACUGACCGCAUGCAGCCCAAAGUGAUGCAGUCGCUCAGGUUUGCUGUUCAACCGGCCGUGGAUAGUAUCUCUGUGGAUUGGUCUGUUCCUGAGGGCGUUACGGUGGACAUGCUGUCCCCACCCAUCAAUACACUGUUCCAGGGUCAGAGGGCGCUCAUCUACGCUCAGCUGAAAGGACAGAGUUCAGGAACGGCAGAAGGAGCAGUAACUUUGAAAUACAAGCUGAAAGAUCAACCAGUGACUAACCAGCUCCAGUUUGCUCUUAAACCAAUCGAAGAUACAGGACGGAUGAUUCACCAGCUGGCGGCCCGGUCUGUGAUCCGUUCUCUGGAGCUGGAAAUGCGGGCUGGGAGAGCAGAAGCGGAGGCCGUCCGGAGCAGGAUCGUGGAGCUCAGUGUUCAGACAGGAGUGAGCAGCGUUCAUACAGCCUUCAUUGGCGUCAAUAAAGACGGCAAACGGACCAUCACAGGGCCGCUGCUGCAGAGGAGAGUGCCAGUACGGAGUAUGGCCCAAAUGUCUGUAGGGGGUGGUGGUGGCAGUGGCGAUACGAGAAUGCGCAGAAUGCCCCAAAUGUUUGUAGCGGGUUUAGGCAAUCGCAGUCGCAGUGGCGGUGGCGGUAUGAGAAUGCACGCAAUGCCGGUUCCCAUGAUGGCUUGCUCUGCAAUGCCAAUGGACGCUCCCAUGGAGCGUCCCAUGGAUCAUUGUGUAUUGCGUGAGGAAAGUGCGGCUCCCAAGAUGUUUCAUUCUGGUGGGCGUAGUAUUUGGACACCACUAAUAGCAGAACCUGAGCCCCAGACGGACCCUUUACUCCAGCUGGUCUCUCUUCAGAAGGCCUCGGGAUGCUGGGAACUGAACGCCUCACUUGCUGCCGUGUUUGGGAAGACAGAGAGUGAGGUGACCAAACACAGACCAGCACAGGUGGACGGGUCAAUGUGGGCCACCGUUCUGGCUCUGAUCUGGUUAUAUGCAUGUAGAUCAGGUGACCAGGUUGAGUGGCAGUUUGUGGCCAUGAAGGCAGCGUCAUGGAUCCGCUCUCAGAAACCGGAGGGCCUGUCUCAGUGUGUGCGUGACGGGAACAUCCUGUUGGGAGGUCAGGUGACUGAAGGCAUGUUGGGAAUCUGAAGACUGAAGAAUCUUGUGCUGUCAGAAAUCAAAUAACUCAUUCUUUAUCUUAAACAUCUGUGUUUUUCUGCUAUAAAAUAUAGUAUGUUUUAAAGAAUAAAACUGACAUUUGUAUCUGCGGUAGGGAGAUUUUUUUAGUAUAUGGUAGCUAUUGGGUCUGUCAUAAAUUCAUGUUAUU